AUGUUGAAGUCGGACGACUUGGACGUUCUGCUUCUUGCAGCUGAGCAAGGUGCGAAUAUCUCUGUCUCAGCUCAUGAUCCUGAGUUUAACACUAGUAUAGCAAACUUGAAUGUGAGAGAAGCUAUAGAUAUGGUCCAUUAUCUACAAGCUGAAAGUGGAUUGGAUGCCGGUGGCCGUGAGCUAACACGUAAUUUCAAAUAUCAGAUGCAUCCGAGUUCGAUUAACACAGAGUCUGUGAACUCAUUGGAAAACAAGGAUCAUGUGAGUUAUGACUACUUGGUAGCUGUUGGAUGUCGUCGCUGCAAUAGUUCUGUGGACUUUAAAUCAGCGAAUGCCUUUUUUGAUCGCAAUGCUGGUAAUGCCAUGCGCACCCAUUUAACUUGCCAAGAUUGUGGCACUAUUAUCGCACCUAUUUUCAGUUCGAAUUGUACAGACGUCUUAGUAGAUAGUUGUAACCGGUUGGCUACGUUCGGUCGUGGCACCGAGGGUGAGAAAGCAUAUAUGUACGGUUUUCGUCAAGGUUGGGAAUUCGAUAGGUCAGGUAAACGUUGGUGGACCGAUUUACUGCAUCCUGCUGGUCCUGUUGCUGACGAUUCAAACGCCUUGUUCAUGGCCAAGAAUGCCAACAAGGGUGGCCGUGAAGUGGUGCGUCAGCUUUGUGAGAAGUGUGGUUGUGAAGAAGCAUACUACUCUACAUUCCAAGCUCGUUCGGCAGAUGAGGGUAUGACCGUUAUGUAUGACUGUAAACGAUGCAAGAAGCGAACCGUUGUAAACACUUGA